AGGGGCUCAGCCCUCUGGCUGGACAGGGCAGGGCAUAAAGGGCUGUGUCCCCCCCAGCCCCACACACAGGCGGCCAUCAGGAAGGAACGUGGGCUGGGCAGCAUGGGAUGGCUGCUCUCUUCCAGGAUCUGCUUCCUCCUUCUUUUCCUUGUCCCGCUCACUGCCAUUGCGACCUCAGAUGCCGAGAAGACCCCACACUACUGGAACGAAGGGGCCAGGAGGAGGCUGGAGGCAGCCCUGGCCUUGCAGCCAGUGGCACAGAGAGCCAAAAACAUCAUCCUCUUCAUGGGUGAUGGCAUGGGGCUGCCCACGGUGUCAGCAGCCCGGAUCUACAAGGGGCAACUGGCCGGCAGCUCGGGUGAGGAGAGCGUCUUGGCCAUGGAGGCAUUUCCCCACGUGGCCCUGGCCAAGACCUACACCAUCGACCGGCAGGUGCCUGACAGCGCUGGCACGGGCACGGCCUACCUGUGUGGGGUGAAGGCCAAUGCCAAGACGCUGGGGCUGAGCGGGGCGGCCGUCUAUGGCAAAUGCCGCACAGCAUUCGGCAACGAAGUGGACUCCAUCCUGCACCGGGCCCGGCUGGCAGGUAAGUCGGUGGGCAUCGUGACCACCACACGUGUGCAACAUGCAUCCCCUGCUGCUGCCUAUGCACACUCGGCCAGCCGCAGCUGGUACGCCGAUGUCAACAUGCCUCCGGAGACACUGCGGGACGGCUGCAAGGACAUCGCCUACCAGCUGGUGCACAACACCGACAUCAACGUGAUCCUGGGUGGCGGGAGGGCCUACAUGUCCCCCAGGUGGACUCCAGACCCUGAGUACCCGGACGACCCGGCGCAGAAUGGCACCAGGAGGGACGGGCGGGACCUGGUGGCCGAAUGGCUCAGCACCAGGGAGGGCGCACGCUACGUCUGGGACAAGAAGGGCCUGGAUGCGGUUGAUGACACCUCUGUGAGCCACCUCAUGGGCCUCUUUGAGCCCAAGGACAUGAGGUACGAGCUGAACCGCAACGCCACCACGGACCCCUCCAUUGUGGAAAUGACAGAGAAAGCCAUCCGCAUCCUGCGCAGGAACCCCAACGGCUUCUUCCUCUUUGUGGAAGGUGGAAGGAUUGACCACGGACACCACAGCGGCCGGGCCAAGCAGGCACUGACGGAGGCCAUCAUGCUGGACUGGGCAGUGGCACAGGCAGGCGAGCUGACGGAGCCCUCUGACACACUGACCGUGGUGACGGCUGAUCACUCACAUGUCUUCACCUUCGGGGGCAACACGCUGCGAGGAGCCUCCAUCUUUGGGCUGGCCCCUAAGAAAGCGAAGGACAAGCGAGCCUAUACCAGCAUCCUCUAUGGCAAUGGACCGGGAUACAGCAUUCGUGAUGGGGGCCGCCCAGCCGUCAGCCUUCCAGCUGUGGAGGACAAGGACUACAGGCAGCAAGCAGCUGUGCCCCUUGACUUGGAGACCCACAGUGGGGAGGAUGUGGUGGUGCUGGCUCAGGGUCCCAUGGCCCACCUCUUCCACGGGGUGCAGGAGCAGCACUACAUUGCCCAUGCCAUUGCUUAUGCUGCGUGCCUCAAGCCUUAUGAUGCCAGACCCCGCUGUGGUGCACCCCGUAGAGCCUCUGGCAGCAGCCAACACUCCCCACAGCCUCUACUCGCUCUCCUGGCCCUCUGCAUGUCUGCCUUCAUGGUGGUGGGCUGAGAGACCCCACUGAACCCUGCUUC